GGAGGUCCAUUGCGUCACCUGUGUUCUCUCAUUCGGUACAUACAUGUGCCGUCGACAUAGCUAGCUGGCGCGUGCAUGCAGCGAGUGCGAUCAAAUCGUCAACGCAAGAAGAAUUGCAUUUUUGUGUUUCACUUGUGAAGUGUCCUUGAAAUAGCGGCUUCUUUUGCCUUGAAUAGGGGUAAUAGGUAACGUCGAGAGAUGGAAUGAGCGUUUGAUUCACUGCCCUGGCAAUACGAAAACUUGAGCGAAGAUUGCCUAACUGAUCAUGUCUUCCCCGUGGCCGGGUAUGCCCAGUGGUGGAAGCGUAGCUGCUGCGGGCUCGUCGGCUAGCGAUCCUUGGGCUUUAUCUUCUGCACCAACCGCGCAGCAACAGCAACAGCAACAGCAGCAAUACGUUCAGCAACAACAGCGAGUGGCAUUGGAGCAAAAGCGUCAGCAACUGCAGCAACAGCAGCAGCAACGCCAACAGCAUCAGCAGCAGCAGAAUCAGCAUCAGCAGCAGCAACCUCAACAUCUACUGUCCUCGCAGCACACACCGGCGGCGGUCGCACCGUUGCAAGUCAGACCAGUGGAAUCAGGCCGAUCACCACUUGCGGAUAGGCAUCGCAUGAGCGUAUCAGAUCCAUGGGGAAUGCAGAACACAGCAAGUACUUUCCCUGCGGACAACAAUGCAGCAGGAUUCGCUCAACAGAGGCCAGCUGCACAAAAUCCACAGCCUGGCAGCAUGCAGCCACCUCCACCCCGGUCAGCAGCAGCACCAGUAGCAGGACCAAUCGUACCACCAUACGUUCCACCACGUGAGCAAACGUCAGCCAGCGCAGCAGGGCCAUCGUCAUCUGCGGCAUCCUCUGCAUGGGCAACCUUUGACAGUGUGCCUGCACCAUCCCGUCCCGACGUACCCACUCAGCAUGCUGCCGCGCCAUCGGCAGCGCAAUCCUCGCGUCGACACAGCUCAGCAGAAGUGCUCUUCGAUGCCCAGACGUUCCAGCAGCAACAGCAACAGGUAUGGGGCGGACAGACAACAGGCGCUGGCAACGCCACCGGAGCUGUGGGUACUGUGGGCGGGAGUAUUGCUCCACCACCGCAGGCCAGCCACCGGCGACAGCACAGCUCUGGUGCCAUAGUAACGCAUGCAGCCAUACCGGAACUUCCCAGUGGUACCAACACAAGUCACACGCAACCAAUAGACCCUAACACCAAGUCGGUGACGGAAACGAAACUUCAAGCCACCAUCGAGCUGUUACGACGACAACUCGGAGAAUCGCAACAGGAAGUUAUCCAGGCAAAGCUCAAAGGCUCCGAGCUGGCAGCAGAUGUGGCACGGCUUCAGAAAGACUCCGGCGCGGCAGACAGCGUGAAGAGCCUGAAAGAGGAGGUGGAGGUGUUGCGCAAUCAGGUAACGAUGGCUCGUUCCCAGGGCGCACAGCACCAGCAAAACUCGCAGACAACGGCCACGCACAUGCAGGAGCUGAAGCAAGCGUAUGCAGCAUUGGAGCAGGAAGUGGCACGACUGCGAGAGGAGAAGAUGAAGCUGACGGCCGAGAAAUGCGAAUUAUUGGAGCAAGUUGUUCGAAUUCAGCAAGGUGGCACUCAGUUGUCGAUCACAAGUGCGUCGCCAAGUCGACCGGCAUCCAGACCUUCAUCACCCAAGCCAGAACCUGUGGUCAGCACCGGCAGCACUGUGGCCAUUGAGACAACAUCUGCCGGUGACACCACGGAACAAGACAGUACCGCAGCAGCAUCCUCGCUCCCGCUAGGAAACUUAUCCAAUGGUUUCCGACAGCUGCUGCAGUCGUUGCAGAAUGCGUGCAAUUACAUCGUGACGAGUGAGCAGCUGGAACAACAACAGCUGAUAUCAGCGGUGCGUCACAUAGCCCAGCAGCUAGCCACGGCGUGCAGCAAGUGUAAAGAGUGCUCGGUGCAUGACAGUGUGCUGACACAGCGCCCAGUCUGGAUACAACACGGCAAGGAUAUCUCCACAGCUAGCAAUGCACUACUGCAGGCUGCAAGAUCCUAUGCCAGCAGUCCUGGCCAAGCCAUGCGACCAGCGUUAUCAACGGCCACGAAGACCGCACACGGUGGUCUGCUCAAGCUUGCACAGUACGUUGACAAUCUCCUAGCCGCAUCGACUCAAAGCUCUGCACCUCCCUCAGCAAGUCACUCCAGAUCUCAGUCCCCACAGCCCGUCACGUCAAGUCAAGGGCAGACACCACCUGCAGCGCCACCCUCCGUACCAGCUCCUUACGUCUCGGCCGCAGCUGUACAGCAGCAAUUGCAAUUGAGACCUGACACUGUAGAUGUGAAGGUGUCAGCUUUAAACGCCCCAGUGGCACAGGCUGCGACAGGAAACCUCCUGCCGCCGCCUCCAAGCAACGCUCGCAGAUCCGUUGCCGCUGCUCAGGGCGCCGCAGCUACCCCGAUAGCAGCAUCGUCCUCUACAGGAGUUCAACCUGGCAACGCUGCAUCACCGUCACCUCCAACAAACGGAGGUGAUGAACACGACCAAGAAUCUACUGAAGAAAACACAACGAGGGCAGCCACCGUUGAGCCAGUAGCAACCGCUGCCAACAAGGCAAAUAAUGAUGCGGAUUGGGCCGCUGAUUUUUCUGCAUUCACUCCAUCGCAGGCUGAACCUCCCUCACAGCCACUAGCUCAGGCAGUGACACAAUCUCGAACACAGCCAGUUGUACAAGCACCAGCCCAGCCUGAUGGUCCUGCUCAGUCCAAAGUCACAAUACCAGGUGCACUGGCUCCAAAGGCUGCGCCGCACAUUAGCAAGCCAUUAGCUCAAGCACCACCAGCUCCUGCGCCUGCACCUCCAGUACCUGCUGCUGCUGCUGCUGCUGUACCUGCACCUAAAUUGGCUGCUCCUGCAAGGCCUGCACCUCCGGCACAAAAAUCAGCAGCAGCAACACCUGCUGCUCCACCACCUACUCCUCAACCGCCCCCACCACCACCACCAACAUCAGCCGGUGGGGGGCCACCCCCACCACCACCGCCGCCGCCACCAUCCCUAUUCUCCUCUCCCGGGUCAGAUGACACAGGGAAGGUGUCCAGUAGUGGUACUGGCAGUGGAGCGGGUUCUUCUCUUCAAGACAUGCUUGCACAGAAGAAGCUGAAGAAAGUCGACUCACAGGACAACGCCGGAUCACCAGGGUCUGCAGGAAAUGCUGUUGGAAGUGGAACUGGAAGUGGAGCAGGAGGAGGAGGAGGAGGUGGAAUGGAUUUCAUGGGAGCACUGCAGGCUAAGCUAGCCAAACGCAAGCAGAUGACUGCAGACGCAGAUGACUCGUCGGCAACUGCUGGAGCAUCGUCGCCUGCUGGAGCAUCUUCAACUGCCAAUCAGUCUAGCAUGGCUGCUGCCGCAGCAUCAGCAGCAACACCUACAGCAGCACCUGCCAGUACAGUCGCAGCAGCAGCUUCAACUUCUUCGACUGGCAGUCCCGACACCGCGACUGCGGACCCUAACCCAACCAGUACCAGCACCACCGCUGCCCCCUCCACUGCCAGUGAAAGUCAGCUGACCGCGUCAACAGGCACUGAAGCAAGUACGGGAGAGAGCAUGACGGGUAGUACACGGCGGCCGCAGAGGAAAGCACCAGUGGCGCCUGCCGCAAAGAAGUCAAGUCAGACCACGUCACCAGCCCCAUCAUCAUCAGCGGUCACCUCUGCAACCUCCGCAACCGACGCUGUAUCUCACGACCCGCAGUAUACACAGUCAGCUGACGGUAGCUAUGACAACAGCCAAUCACAGGACCAGCAGCAGCAGCAAGACUGGAGCCAUCUUGGUUACUAUGACGAGGGCGGUCAGUUCAUAUACUAUGACACCACGGCAACAGCAACGGCCGGUGCGGCUGAUGGCACUAGUGACGUGGCGUAUCGCGUACGCGCUAUAUACGCAUACACCGGUGCAAGUACGGAUGAGCUGUCGUUCGUCGAGGCAGAUGAGAUCGACGUGCUGGUGGAUAUUCCGGACCAGGAAGGGUGGUAUCGCGGACGUCUUCUUUCCACCGGUGUCGUGGGGCUUUUGCCGAAUAACUAUGUCGAGCUUGUCUAGUGGACCCCAGCUGCAUCGGUACGGCUUUCUGUGUGUGUGUAUGUUCAUGUGUGUGUGUGUGUGUGUGUGUGUGUGUGUGUGUGUGUGUGUGUGUGUGUGUGUGUGUGUGUGUGUGUUUGCGUACGUGAGUGUGUGCACGCAUGUGUGUGUAUGUGUGUGUGUGUGUGUUCAUGUAUGUGUGUGUGUGUGUGCGUGCCUGAGUGCGUGCACGCUUGUGUGUGUGUGUGUGUGUGUGUGUGUGUGUGUGUGUGUGUGUGUGUGUGUGUGUGUGUGUGUGUGUGUGUGUGUGUGUGUGUGUGUGUGUGUGUGUGUGUGUGUGUGUGUGUAUGUGUGUGUGUGUGUGUGUGUGUGUGUAUGUGUGUGUGUGUAUGUGUGUGUGUGUGUGUGUGUGUGUGUGUGUGUGUGUGUGUGUGUGUGUGUGUACGUGCUUGUUUGUAUUUGUGCAUGCUUGUGUAUUUGUUGUCCCGUACUUGUCUAUCAGCUUCAUGCCAGCUUGCAUUUACUUCAUUCCUCUAAUAUAUUUUCACGUUACUGCUAACCCCGCUGCUGUGCAGUGGAAUUAAGACCCGCACACCGUAAGGAUUCUCGUUGCUCUCUUUCGAAAUUUCUACUCGUGUAGUUUAAAUGUUUGCUCAUCUCGUCUCCGGCCGGCAGACUAUGGAGGGCCGGAAUUCCGGACGAACACGAGCUACCCGGUCUGUGCCGCCCGGACGGUGUUGUGUUAUCUAUGCUUGCUUUACAUUUUAAAACAAAUGUGCAUCAUCGAAUGCUAUUAUAAUUCUGCUAAAGGGGCCUGGUGCCAUUCUCUUUUACCUCCCGAUAUGGAGCUCUGAUAUUUGUGUUUUGUGUGCAUUUUUCAAUGCGGCACAUAGUUGCUUGCAAUCCACGUCACUGCUUCUACUUCUAGUACUCGUGUUUUGCUCAGCUCGGCCUCCAGCCGUGUCUCACGCGAACCGUGAUUUUUUGCUCUUCUUCACUCUUCGAUGUGCUGCGCGCUCUCAAUCCCUUACAAGGCAGAGUUUUCACUUGGUUUUUUUCUUUUCUUUUUGCAUGCAAGCUGGUCUUGCAAAUGUCCAUUCAUUAAAAAUAUUCUUCGUGUAAAAACCA